AUGAGGGCAACUUCGAUAUUUUUUUCUGGGAUCCUGCUCCUGGCAGCCUGCCUUUUGAGGAGCAGUGAAGCGGUUACCUGCACCGCCGAUCCCACGGUUACAGGAUGCGUGGAUUGCACCACCAACCCCACUGAUGCAGAGUGCGUGGCUGAGGCAGCCGCUGGAUCCACUGCGGCUCCCACGACAGGAACAUCAUCCUCUGCAGCACCCGCAACAGGAACUGACUCUUCAUCCGUAGCCCCGGCCACAGGAUCCUCUUCUUCAGCCUCGCCAACUUCAUCGGCUACUCCUGCCCCAACUAGCUCGGCCGACAGUUCUGCAUCUCCCGCUGCUUCCACGUCGCCCACUGAUUCGUCAACAAACACGGCAACCAGCAACGCGGCCAGAAGGAGGAGGAGGGCGGCCAGGAGGCGGGCUGCUCGAAGGAGGCGCGCGCAAAGGAGGCGAGCGGCCAGGAGGAGGGCCCAAAGGCGCAGGAGACAGAACCGAACCGGCUAA